GUGCACUCAAUUUUUAUUCCCCAAAAAACAUGCAAUGUGCACUCAAUUUUUAUUCCCCAAAAAACAUGUAAUGUGCACUCAAUUUUUAUUCACCAAAAAACAUGCAAUGUGCACUCAAUUUUUAUUCACCAAAAAACAUGCAAUAUGCACUCAAUUUUUAAUUCCCCAAAAACAUGCAAUGUGCACUCAAUUUUUAUU